GAUUAGGUUGCGGCCGUGCUCCAACCUCGGAGGGUUGAAGUUUAGUUAAUGUUGAGCUGAGGGAGCGGGCGAAGGGUGGUUAUUUUCCAUUGAUUUCUUCUUUUGUUUGCACGCGUUUUACAUUUCAAUCAAGCAAGCCAUGGUUUCGAAAAAUAAAGCCAGCAACAGCAGAUCGAGCUCUGCGGGGUCGAAGAAAGAUAAGCAUGGCACUAAUAAAAAUGGGAAGAAAGCCGAUGGGCCUUCAGGAAGCUCGUUCUUCAUGUGGUUCAUGAUAAUUGCUUUACUUGGAGUCUGGUCAUCAGUAGCUGUUGUUUGGUUUGACUUGGUGGAUUAUGAGGAAGUUCUGGCAAAAGCUAAGGAAUUCCGUUAUAAUUUUUCAGAGGUAUUACAAGGGAAACUUGGAAUCUAUGAUGCCGAUGGAGAUGGUGAUUUUGAUGUGGAAGAUGCCAAAAUUUUGCUAGGAAUGAAAGAAGUGGAAAGAUCUGUUCGUGCUGGGAAAAAUGAAGAGCCAGUUCAAACAUCUGACAAUUCACCACUUAAGACAGAGACUCAAACAGAAGAACCUGAACCUAUUAAAGCCUCUAUGGCUCAGGAGUCUUUCAAAACCAAUAUAGAGGAGCCAGAGCCAGUGGAGGAUGAGCCAGAACCAGAGUUGGAGCCGGAGCCAGAGCCAGUGGAGGAGGAGCCGGAGCCGGAGCCAGUGGAGGAGGAGCCAGAGUCAGAGUUGGAGCCGGAGCCAGUGGAGGAGGAGCCGGAGCCAGUGGAGGAGGAGCCAGAGUCAGAGCCAGUAGAGGAGGAACUAGCACCAGAGCCAGUGGAGGAGGAGCCGGAGCUGGAGCCAGAGCCAGUGGAAGAGGAGCUAGAGGCAGAAGAAACAAAUGAAUUUGAUGCUGAGUCUGAAGAUUCAGUCCGUUCUGAAGCUGAAGAGUCUGUUUAUGUGGAAGAUGAAGCAAUUUCUGAAACAGAAAAGACAAUGGAUGAAGCAGUGUUCGAACCUGAAGAAGUAGUCUCUGAACAAGAUACUAUAGCACAUGAAAGUGAAAUGGAAGAUUUCUCUGAUCAUCUGGACAGUGAAGGUGAAAGAGAGGAAGAUUUACCAAUCGGUGAUGAAUUUAUUGAAGAUAAUGACCCAGAGCCUGAAGAUAAAAUGGAUGAAUUUCAUGCUGAAGAGGUGGAGUAUGUUCCAGGCACUGACGACAUACAAGAAGCAUUGCCUGUUCAAAAGAGUGAUGAAGAUUAUCUGUCAGCCAAUACGUCUCAGAACUUGGAUGUGGAAUCUGAAAUCCAAGAUGCUGUACCUCUUCCUGAAGCAGUAGAAGAGUCUGUGGUGAAAGAGAAUGAUACUCCGGAAGCUCCAAAAGAGCAUCUAGCUGAAGAAGAGCAUGUGGAUUACUCAGAAGAUCGCCAAGAAGUGAGAGAAUCCUUAGAGUCUGACCAUCAGGAAAUAACAGGCGAGUCAAAAGAGGAAACAAUUAUAGAUGAACCAGAAAAAAGAUCUGACUCUGAAGUGAAGAAGGAAGAAAAAGUUCCAGCUAAGAAGAAGAAACCAAAACUCUUGAAUAAGUUUGACAAGACCAUUAAACCCGAGUUGGAUGCUGCUGAAAAACUGCGGAAAAAGGGUAAACCUGAAGAAGCCCUGCAGGCAUUUAAUGAACUUCUCAAAAGAUAUCCCCAGAGUCCUCGAGCUAAAUAUGGAAAAGCAGAGUCAGAAGAUGAUUUGGCAGAGAAGAUGCGAAGCAAUGAGAUCCUUCAAAGAGCAAUCAGUACCUAUGGAGAAGUGGCUGAUAUGCCAAAUCCAACUGCUGACCUGGUGAAAUUGGCAUUGAAGCGACAGGCAAACCGACAACAGUUCCUUGGUCACAUUAAACGUUCUGUGAUGACGCUUAAGAAGCUGGUAUCUCUUUACCCAGAUGAUAUCUCAAUUAGAAAUGAGCUUGGAGUAAGUUAUCUAUUAUUGGGAGACAACAGUAAUGCCAAGAAAGUGUAUGAAGAGGUUUUGGCCAUGGCUCCAAAUGAUGGAUUUGCUAAAGUUCAUUAUGGAUUCAUCCUCAAAGCUGCGAAUCAGAUAGCUGAGAGCAUUCCAUAUCUCAAGGAAGGAUUAUUGUCUGGAGACCCAGGCACUGAUGAUGGACGCUUUUACUUCCACUUGGGAGAUGCAUUACAGAGAGUGGGCGAUCAAGAGGCACACAAGUGGUAUGAACUUGGACACAAAAGAGGACACUUUGCAUCAGUGUGGCAGCGUUCACUGUACAAUGUGAAUGGACUUAAGGCUCAGCCUUGGUGGACAGCUAAGGAAACAGGGUAUACUGAACUGGUGAAGACCCUGGAGAGAAAUUGGAAGUUAAUCCGUGAAGAGGGUCUGACUGUAAUGGAUAAACAAAGAGGACUUUUCUUACCUGAAGAUGAAAACUUAAGGGAAAAAGGCGACUGGGGCCAGUUUACAAUUUGGCAGCAAGGUCGUAGGAUUGAGAAUUCCUGUAAACAGGUUCCAAAAACAUGUGCCUUGCUGGAGAGAUUUCCUGAGACAACAGGGUGUAAAAGAGGACAGAUUAAGUAUUCAGUUAUGCAGCCAGGGACUCAUGUAUGGCCUCACACUGGACCAACAAACUGUCGUUUAAGAAUGCAUCUUGGCCUGGUUAUUCCUAAAGAGGGAUGUAGAAUACGCUGUGCUAAUGACACCAGAGAAUGGAAGGAGGGAAAAGUGCUCAUCUUUGACGAUAGUUUUGAGCAUGAGGUUUGGCAAGAUGCUGCCAGCUACAGGCUUAUCUUCAUAGUGGAUGUCUGGCAUCCAGACCUUACAGCCCACCAACGUAGAACACUUUCACCAAUCUAAUCACAUGCUUGAGACAUGAAGUGAAGAAGGAAAUUUUGGAAGUUGAGAUGACAUGAAGAAAUUAUUAUGUUAUGAAGUGUAAUGACUUCUAUUGAUUUCUUUUAACUGUUGGUACAGGGAAGUUUUCUGAGGUUAAAGGAUGGUCUAUUUUGGGGAAGAAAAAAAAUAGUGGAUUAACUAAGAAGUCUGUGUGGGGGGGAAUUUUAAGAGGAUAUUUUUUAUAUUAAAUAUAACAAUGAGUUCUGUCCUCUUCCAAAAAGAAACACAGUGACAAAAGGUGGAUGAGAUUAACGUGGCAUCUUUUUCAAUUGGAAAUAGAACAGUUUCAAUACACUGUACACAAUACUUUGGCUCAAGCAGUCUCUUCAUUGUGAAAAUCAAAGUGGAUACUAUGGUUUUUCACUAUAUUACUUAAGCUGAUUAUAUUCUAUCUAAUUUCUGUAAGGCACUCGUACUGUUCCAUCCACAUAACUGGUCUUUGGUAUUUUCAUAAGGAAUCAAUCUGUAUAUAUUUUGAUUACUUUAAUUGUACAGAUAUUCAUAAGUUUCGUAAUCAUAGAUAUUGACCAGUUUUAUAAAGAUGAUCUAUGCCUCAUUAUUUUAAUUAAUCACUAUGUGUGCAUUCUAUUACAGGUUUACCUGAAAACAGCAUUUUUUUUUAGCUUACACUGACAAUUAAUGCUCGAUGUACCAUUGCACUUUUUGAUCAUUUCUCAAGAAAUAUCAAUUUAGAUUGUUUUGGCCUGUGCUUCAGUUCUGAAUUUUCUUUUUGUUUACACAAAGUGUGUUACUCCUCUCAAUGGGAGAGCUGCCUUUGUGAAGUUACUAAGCCUGACAGUGUGAGCGAGAUUGAUUAACACACAGAGUUGAAAUGACAUGAUCACUGAAGCAUCCUGAAUUAACAGAUGUAUCAGUGCUUAUACUUAGCCUCCCCCACACUGCGCUUAGAAACUCAUCCAAAGUCAUUUCCCCAGCAGUAUUUCAAGUGUUCACUGUUCGAGGAGUUGAAUUAACGUACAUCAUGGUAAGUAAAGAGUAAGUUGCUUUCCAAUAUUGCUAGCUUCACUUAUAAAGGUGAUAUGCUUUUUGAGUGUAGAAUUAUGUUUUCUGUGAAAAGAAGUCACACUGCAUUCCCAUAAGAUGCUAACUGAUUUAGAUGCCAGUGUUGAACUUUUUUCAUGUGACAAAAAUGAACAAAUGCCAAUGUGAAAGGCGCAGUCAUCAAUAGAUGGCUGAUGCAUCUGUGCAAAAUGCCAAAAAGCAGAUGGCUUGUGACAACCAUAAUACAUCUACAAUAAAAUGACCAUAUGUUUUUACAUUGAAAUUUAUUAUGCUAAGUAUAAAUGACAGACUUAAUGUUGCAGGGGCAAGGCAAGGAGGACUGGAUUUACCACAUAGGAAUAAUCAAGAUAAUUUUAUCUCAGAGCAGUUAUGUGAGCAGUCAGAUCCCUAGAGAAAGAUAAGGAUUACAAGCUUGUCCAGAGAGUGGGAAAAGGCAACUACCAAUUAUUUAUUCACAUAUUUUGGCGGACCAUUUAGACAGCAGAACAUUAAGGAACAGAGUAACACACACAAAACGUGGGGCAACUCCGCAGGUCAGUCUCCAUCUAUAGAAAUGAAUUAUCAAUGUUUCAGGCUGAGGCCCUUCUUCAGGACUGGAAAGGAAGGGAGAGGACCUCAGAAUAAAAGGGUAGGGGGAAGGAAAGGAGGACUAGCUAGGAAGUAAUAGGUGAAGCUAAAGGGUUGGAGAAGUAGGAAUCUGAUAGGAGAGGAGAGAGUACCAUGGGAGAAUGGGAAGAAGGGAUACCAGGAGGAGUUGAUAGGCAGGUGAGAAGAAGAGGUAAGAGGCCAGAGAGGAGAAUAGAAGAGGAAAGGAGGAGAGGUAAAAUUACCAGAAGGAGAACUCAAUGUUCAUGCCAUCAGGUUGAAGACUACCUAUAUGGAAUAUGAGGUGUUUAUCCUCCACCCUGAGAGUGGCCUCAUUGUGGCUGAAAAGGUCAUGGGCAUACUUGUCGGAACAGUAAUGGGGAUAGGAAUUAAAAUGGUUGACCACCGGGUAAUUCCGUUUUUUGGUGGAAGGAGGGGAGGUGCUCAACAAAGCAGUUCUUAAACUUGUGUUGGGCCUCACCAGUGUAGAGGAGGUCGGAUCAAGAACACUGAAUACAAUAGACGAGCCCAAUAGAUUCACAGGUGAAGUGCUGCCUCACCUGGAAGAACUGUUUAGGGGCCUGAAUGGAUGUAAGGGAGGAUGCGAAUGGGAUAGUGUAGCAUUUCUGUCAGCUGUCAGAAUAUUUGCCAGGAGGAAGAUUAGUGGUGAGGGACAGAUAGACAAGGGAAUCAUGAAUGAGUGAUCCCUGGGGAGGGGGAUGUAAAGAAGUGUUUGAUGGCAGGAUCCUAUUGAAAAUAGCGGAAGUUGCAGAGAAUGACGUGCUAGAUACGGAGUGCGGAGAAUAAUGUAUUGGAAAAACCUAGGUGAAUAUGGUACCUUAAUUUAAAAUGUUUAGUGACUGUGAUUUUAAAAUUACCUUUUGUUUGAGUUUAUAGUUCUGUUGGUCUAAGUCUGUGAAUGCCUGCCUUGAUGGGUUUAUCGACCAAGUCACCCAGAGGAAUUGGAUUGGCUGCACAGGCAGGAGUUGCUUUGUGUUUCUGCUCAUCUGGUUUAUUGUUCUCUAUCACUUCCGUAAUGGUUUUAUUGGAAUCCUGUAUAAUGCAAAUGUAAUUGAAUCUCCUAACUUUAUAUUACUAUGGAAUCCCUGUGCAUUGAUGCUUUGUUUUCUUUACCUCUUUUCUGAUGCACUGAAGUCAAUAUGCUUGUAGUGGUGGCUAAAGCUGCACAGGACCCAGCAUUCCAGUGACAAUCAGUCUGAUAAAAUUUGACAUCUGUUUAUUGUCAGGGCUUAGUCAAAAAAUGGAACAUCAAAGUGAUCUUCAGUGAGAUUUAAAACAAUUUUCUCUUUGACAGAUAUUGAUAUUGUUACAUUUGGUAAACUAUUAUUCAAAAAUAUUUAAGAUGAUAAGAUGUUUAGCCAAUUGAAAUAUUGUGUAUGGAUGUUAAAGUUUCCAUAUGUUGUACAUUUGCAGAGAGCUGAUAUUAAGCAGAUGAUUGUUUUCCUUUCUUGACCUAAUUUUCAAACAAGUUCUAAUUUAGUAUAUCAAUUAAAAUAUUAUCAGAGGUCCAGCUUUGUUUUUGGAAGAAUACUUGGUAUAAGUUUUAAUUUAAACCUAUGGGAGACUCUACUUUCUAUUUUGUUAUGUGGGAACACAUAGAUUAGAUUUUGUUUUUGACUUUCUUUUUAAAAGAACAGUUUGUUUUUUUUUUGAGUCCAUUGAUAACUGUAUUGCAAUUCUUUUUGACUGUCUUUGAAUGCUGGGAUGAUAAUUUUGAAGUCAACACUACUGUAUAUCAUUGGAUAAAAUACAUUUGCUCUGAGUGUUACGUGAAUGUAUUGUAAGUACUGGUAUAAUGUCAAUUUGAUUCGUUAUUGAAGUGGUUUCAUGGAAGCAGAUGUGCAUUUUAACUGUGAGUACUACAGCUUUGAGGGAAGCUCAUACUCCUGAGUUUGGGAGGUUUUUUUUAAAUAAAUGUGAGUCAAAUCUUUUCCUUCACCAAUAACUUGACUGAGUUAUGCAAAGCCCAGUUUUAGCUUUGCUUUUGUUUUAAAUAUCUUUUCAGUUAUGGAACAAAUAGAAUGUAUACAUUUUUGCAAAUAGUAUAAGCCUAGUAUUCUUUGAACAAAAUGCAACCACCACUUCAGGAGCAAAAAAAACUGAAACCAAAACAGAAAAUGACAUUUUUAGCAUGUGAAGCAGUAUCUGUGGAGAGAGUAACGGUGUCAUCAUUCCAGGCCAGUAACUCUUCAGUAGUGUUGAUGCUGUUGGGUAUUUCUGACAUCUUCUGCUUUUGCAGCGAUCACUGUUACAACUAUCAAUACUGUGUCUCCAAUUGGAAAAAGGUACUUGAAAUGAAAGUUUUUAUGCUUCACACUUAAGUUAUGCUUUAAUGCAACUUGUAUUAAGAACCUUCAUUGCAUUGUAAACAUUUAAUUACAGUGAAGAAUGCUGGGCAAAAUAUCUGUGACUUACUAAUGAACACAAAAGCUUUGUAACAUACUGUACAAGACCUAUGUUUCCCAAAAUAAAACACAGAAGAAAGUGAGUAAUUGUUUUAUUCAUCCACUUAGCCAAACAACAUUUUGUUUGAUAAAGUUAGCUUCAUUUACUGAAUUUAACUAAAAUACAUCAAUAGAUGUUUGGUGUUCAUUCAGAAAAUAAAUAAGAAUGGAAAAAACUAUUGGAUCUUUGGCACAUUAAUAAAUGGUUUUUCAUCCUGCCUUCUGUUUGAAAUUUGUUUUUUUUUUAAGUUUUCCAAUCUGAUAGUGAAAUAUAAAAACAUGGCCUUUCUUGGAAAGGCACAAAUAUGUCAGAAAAUUGCAUGCCUGGUAUCAAGAUCUAAAUAGUUCUGCCGUAUUGGAUCUUUUCCUUCUUCUGUAAGCAAAGUGCCAAUAUCUGUAAUCCUUCCAUGGUUAUUGUCAGGUUGCCCACUGCGGAUAGAAAGUCCUUCAAGUAUCUUAUUUCAAAUGCUCUCAGUUUUAAAUCAACUUCUGGCAGUUCUGAUGAGAAAGCUGGUGAUACCUGAAUUUUGCCAUUUUAAUGAAAGAAAAUGUAACUGAAAGUGAUUUGAUU